GGAGUAUAUAGAGGAACACAGGGGUCUGUACAAGGAAUUGAUGAUGGAGAAUCACCGACCCCUCACAUCACUGGAUGGGCCCAGUAACAGAGAUACCCCAGAGAGAUGUCUCCGUCCUCUGUAUUCCCAGGAUUGUACAGAGGAGAAUCACAGGACCCCACAGGAGGAUCAGGGUGAAGACCACAUGAAUAAUAUUAAGGUCAAAUAUACAGAGGAAGAAGAAGAGACGUAUGUGACUGAUAUAAAGACAGAAGAUAUAGAGGGAGAAGGAGAAAUGUAUGUGACUGAUAUGAAGGCAGAAGAUAUAGAGGGAGAAGAAGAGACGUAUGUGACUGAUAUAAAGGCAGAAGAUACAGAGGGAGAAGAAGAGACGUAUGUGACUGAUAUAAAGGCAGAAGAUAUAGAGGGAGAUGAAGAGACGUAUGUGACUGAUAUAAAGGCAGAAGAUAUAGAGGGAGAAGAAGAGACGUAUGUGACUGAUAUAAAGGCAGAAGAUAUAGAGGGAGAAGAAGAGACGUAUGUGACUGAUAUAAAGGCAGAAGAUAUAGAGGGAGAAGAGACGUAUGUGACUGAUAUAAAGGCAGAAGAUAUAGAGGGAGAAGAGACAUAUGUGACUGAUAUGAAGGCAGAAGAUAUAGAGGAAGAAGAAGAGACGUAUGUGACUGAUAUAAAGGCAGAAGAUAGAGAUGGAGAAGAGACGUAUGUGACUGAUAUGAAGGCAGAAGAUAUAGAGGAAGAAGAAGAGACGUAUGUGACUGAUAUAAAGGCAGAAGAUAUAGAGGGAGAAGAAGAGACGUAUGUGACUGAUAUAAAGGCAGAAGAUAUAGAGGGAGAAGAGACGUAUGUGACUGAUAUAAAGGCAGAAGAUAUAGAGGGAGAAGAAGAGACGUAUGUGACUGAUAUAAAGGCAGAAGAUAUAGAGGGAGAAGAAGAGACGUAUGUGACUGAUAUAAAGGCAGAAGAUAUAGAGGGAGAAGAAGAGACGUAUGUGACUGAUAUAAAGGCAGAAGAUAUAGAGGGAGAAGAAGAGACGUAUGUGGCUGAUAUAAAGGCAGAAGAUAUAGAGGAAGAAGAAGAGACGUAUGUGGCUGAUAUAAAGGCAGAAGAUACAGAGGGAGAAGAAGAGACGUAUGUGACUGAUAUAAAGGCAGAAGAUAUAGAGGGAGAAGAAGAGACGUAUGUGACUGAUAUAAAGGCAGAAGACAUAGAAGGAGAAGAAGAGACGUAUGUGACUGAUAUAAAGGCAGAAGAUAUAGAGGAAGAAGAAGAGACGUAUGUGACUGAUAUAAAGGCAGAAGAUACAGAGGGAGAAGAAGAGACGUAUGUGACUGAUAUAAAGGCAGAAGAUAUAGAGGGAGAAGAAGAGACGUAUGUGACUGAUAUAAAGGCAGAAGAUAUAGAGGAAGAAGAAGAGACAUAUGUGACUGAUAUAAAGACAGAAGAUAUAGAGGGAGAAGAAAAGGCGUAUGUGAAGGGUGAUCAGCAAUGUAAAGAAGAGGAGAUCCCUACAGAUAUCAGCAUAGCAGAUAAACACAACAGGAAUAUCUCAGAGGAACAUUUAUCUCCAGCGUUCGAAACAGAAGAUAACAAAAACAUCAUACGAGAUUCUCCAGACGAAAUCUCCAUAACCCUAAAUAUACAUCCAGUACAUCGCAGUUCCGAUAUAUCAUCUGAUCCCUCUAAUCACGAGGAAGCUUCUAGCAGUAACUUGGAAUCUGUUACCCAUAGUACAACUCAUACUGGUGAUACAGUCUUCUCCUGUUCUGAAUGUGGGAAAUGUUUUAAACAUCAGUCAAUUUUAAUUAGACAUCAGAGAACCCACAAAAGUAAGAAACCAUUUACAUGUUCUGAGUGUGGGAAAUGUUUCCCAUAUAGAUCACAUUUGAACAAACAUUGGCGAAUUCACACAGGCGAGAAACCAUUUCCGUGUUCUGAGUGUUCUAAAUGUUUUACUCGGAAAGCAGGCCUUGUUAUACAUCAGAGAAGUCACACAGGUGAGAAGCCAUUUACAUGUUCUGAGUGUGGCAAAUGUUGUAAACGGAAAUCAGAUCUUGUUGAACAUCUGAGAAUUCACACAGGUGAAAAACUAUUUCCAUGCUCUGAGUGUGGGAAAUGUUUUACACGGAAAUCAGAUAUUGUUAGACAUCAGAUGAUUCACACAGGUGAGAAGCCAUUUCCAUGUUCGAAGUGUGGGAAAUGUUUUACAGAGGAAAAGUAUCUUGUUGAACAUCAGGGAAUACACUUACGUGAGAAACCAUUUCAAUGUUCAGAGUGUGGGAAAUGUUUUACAUACAGUUCCGUUUUUAAUCAACAUUGGAGAAUUCACACGGGUGAGAAACCAUUUACAUGCUCUGAUUGUGGGAAAUGUUUUACACAAAAAACACAUCUUUUUGAACACGAGAGAAGUCACACAGGUGAGAAACCAUUUCCAUGUGCUGAAUGUGGGAAAUGGUUUACUCGAAAAGCAUAUCUUGUUGAACAUCAGAGAACUCACACAGGUGAGAAGCCAUUUUCUUGUUCUGAGUGUGAGAAAUGUUUUACACAGAAAUCAAAUCUGGUUUUACAUCAGAGAACUCACACAGGUGAAAAGCCAUUUCCAUGUUCUGAGUGUGGGAAAUGUUUUUCACAAAAAUCAGAUCUUGUUGCACAUCAGAGACGUCACACAGGUGAGAAACCAUUUCCAUGUUCUGAUUGUGGUAAAAGUUUUAUACAAAAAUCAGAUCUUGUUAUACAUCAGAGAAUACACACGGGGGAGAAACCAUUUCCAUGUUCUGAGUGUGGGAAAUGUUUUACAUACAAAUCAACUCUUGUUACACACAAGAGAAGUCACAUAGGAGCUGAUGGGUGUUAAACACUGUUGAAGUAAUUGAUGUUAAUGCCAUUGAUAUUUUUUAUAGAAUUCUUUAAAGAUAAGCAUGAAUCCACUCACAAACUGUUAGCUUAAAGCUAUACACACUUUUUGAGUGUAAGUGAAAAUUCCAGUCACAUUGCUAUAAAUGCAAUUACCAUUCACAGACCUAUAUGUCAUGAGCAGUAGACUGGAACACAGCAGCAAUACGUGGAACUUAUUGUAGGUCGUUUACUCGAUCAGAUAUUGACAUAACUCAGAAGACCAGCAAUGGACUUGAGAUAUAAUGGGUAUUUUAUUAAGACCUUCAUUUACACAUGCAGUGGUAAUAUUUAAUUAUCAUUGUGAUAUUGUAUUACAUCUGUGUUGUAUUUGAAAUUGCUCUUUAUCAUAUAUUAAAACUUCUUUUUUA